CCCCGGAGCCCGUCACCGGGUCCUGCAGAACGGAAGUGGGGAUCCUGGACUUCCGUCCCAGGCGGUGGGAAUCGGGAUGGUUUCCGUGCGGAUCCGAGAGGCCAAGGAGGGAGACUGUGGAAAUAUUCUGAGGCUGAUUCGGGAACUAGCCGAGUUUGAGAAACUCUCGGAUCAGGUGAAGAUCUGUGAAGAAGACUUGAGGGCAGAUGGCUUUGGAGAGAAUCCUUUGUAUCACUGUUUGGUAGCAGAGAGCCUUCCAGGCCCCGGGGAGCCACAGGGGCCCUGUGUGGUGGGCUAUGGGCUAUACUACUUCAUCUACAGCACAUGGAAGGGACGCAACAUUUAUCUGGAAGACAUCUAUGUUAAGCCGGAAUAUCGGGGUCAGGGGAUUGGUUCCAAAAUAAUAAAAAAGGUGGCUGAGGUGGCCUUGGAUAAAGGCUGCUCCCAGUUCCGCCUGUCAGUCCUAGACUGGAACAAGAGGGCCAUGGACUUGUACAAGGCCCUAGGAGCCCAAGAUCUGACUGAAGCUGAGGGCUGGCACUCCUUUCGCUUCGAAGGAGAGGUGAUGAGGAAGUUGGCAGGAAAGUGAUGCUGUCUCUUAGGGAUCUGGCUCUGAGUUUCUCCUUCUCCACCAGCUCAAGUGCUCCUCAGAGACUAUCUCCAUUGCCAAAGUUCUCCCUGAAGGAAGGAAGAGUUAGGGGUGAAUAUUCCUGAAGUACAGAAAGAGCCAGAAUUGAGGGAAAGGUCUUUCCACCUCCUUACUGAGAAUGAAAAAUAAAUGACAGUUAUUGUUUUGA